GAUUUUUGCUUUCCUGCGUUUUUCUGGCCAAGAACAUUUACGUUAGCCUCUUUUGUAGGGCAAUAUUGAACGCUCAAUACGCAUACAUUGACCAAAUUCUACUUUUAAUUACUAAUUAAACAUACGGGCACACUUCUUCCUACUAAAAGGGAGCCAAUGGCGUACGGUGGUUGAAGCCUGCAGGGGUCGCCGGCAACCAGUCGAUGUCCUUCGGUUGACCUCUCGGGGCUCCCCGCAGCUCCACCGCACGCGGUCAUGAACCCCCUCCGGCUGCUGCGCCCCCUGCUGCCUCCUCUGGCCUCGCAGCGCCGACGCGCCCGCACGGACGGGCCCGCCGUCGGCCGGGAGCGUGUGGAGGUAUUAGGCCACGCCUACCCGUGCGACGACUUCACAAACGUCACGCCGAAGAUUCUGGCCAAAGUGGGCCGCGACCUGCACAACCAACGGCAUCAUCCUCUGUGGCUCGUCAAGGAGAGGAUCAAAGCUCACUUCUACAGCGCUUACGCGGCUCGCUCGGGCGACCCGCUGUUCUCGGCGCACGACAACUUGAGCCCCGUGGUCAGCGUGGAGCAGAACUUCGACAGCUUGCUGAUCCCGCCCGACCACCCCAGCAGGAAGCGUGGAGACAACUACUACCUGAACAGGAACACCAUGCUCCGCGCUCACACGUCGGCCCACCAGAGGGAGCUGGUGAGCGCGGGUCUGGACGCCUUCCUCCUGGCCGGCGACGUCUACCGUCGGGACGAGAUCGACGCCAGCCACUAUCCCGUCUUCCACCAGUUGGAGGGGGUGCGCCUCUUCUCCAACUACCAGCUCUUCUCCGAAGUUCCCAAUGGCGAGGAUCUGAAGAUGUUUGAGGCGGGCGGACGCAGGACGCCUCACAAACAGGAAGUCCACAGUCUGGAGGCCGUCAAGCUGCUGGAGUUCAACCUGAAACGAACGCUCGGCAGACUCGUCAGGCAUCUGUUCGGAGAAGACUUGGAGGUGCGCUGGGUGGACUGUUACUUCCCCUUCACUCAUCCCUCCUUUGAGAUGGAGGUGCGUUUCCAUGGCGACUGGAUGGAGGUGCUGGGCUGCGGGGUCAUGGAGCAGCAGCUGCUCAACUCUGGCGCGGCCGACAAGGUGGGCUGGGCGUUCGGACUGGGCCUGGAGCGUCUGGCCAUGGUUCUGUACAAGAUUCCCGACAUCCGAAUGUUCUGGAGCCAAGACGAGCGCUUCCUCAAGCAAUUCCGCGUGGACGACAUCCAUCGGGAGGUCCGCCUCCAGGCGCUGAGCAAGUAUCCUCCGCUGCGCAACGACAUCUCCUUCUGGCUUCCCGCUGCGGGCGAGCCGGCCUUCCACGCCAACGACUUCUACGAGUUGGUGCGCGCCGUCGCCGGCGACCUCGUAGAGGAGGUCGCGCUGCUCGAUGACUUCACGCACCCCACGAGCGGGAGGCGGAGUUUGUGCUUCCGCGUGGUUUACCGCCACACGGAGCGCACGCUGAGCCAACAGGAAGUAGACGCGGUCCACGGCGAGAUCCAACGGCGAGCCGAGACGCAGCUGGGCGUGGAGGGACGCUACUGAAGCCGUCGCUUUAUAAGAAACCCUCGGAUGCCAUCACGACCGCCAUUUUGCCUUUCUGCAAUGGAAGCCGAAACAACUUUGCACUUGUUUGGUCAUUUCAUCCUAUUUUCUAUGUAAACGUGUGUUGUCAAGCUGAACAUGUCCACGCCGUCAUAGUAAGAUAUCACAUGAUUAUAAAACUUUUCAGAAAUGGGAACGCCCUCACGGAGCUGCCGCCAGGCUAGCCAUCGGUGCUAAUCAGCUGCUAGUGCCAUGUGCGCUUGGAGGAAAACCGCUAGACGAUAGCAACUGGAUGCUAAUGCUCUUUUCCUUUCUCAGUUUGAAAAAAAAAAAAAGUUUGUUGUGAGCUCCGGUGUUGCUAAUAAACUGUCUCCUCUCAUCCGCGGGAUUGCGAUGAUGUCAACUUUACAAACCAAUGAAAUCUUUCAAAAUAAAACGUCACCAAGGUAACUAACA